AUGAUUUUAGCUCAACAAGCUUCACCAUGGUGCGGCAGCUUCAUUUCCACAGUGAUCGGUGUUCCAACAUUGUUCACUGCUAUAUCCAGUGAAAGUCCCGCGACAAGAUUAACUUGUUGGAUUUUGACACCCUCCUUGGUGCUACUCGGUGCUGCAGUUUGGUAUUUUGGACCAUGGGCAUUUGGCCAUUUUCCAGUUCAAAUGCAAACAACACUGGCCAAAUGCCGACCACUUGCAUUUCGCCCAUCACAGAUAGUGCACGUUUUUCUUCUUAUUUUUGCUAUUCGAAGUGAAGAAGAUUUCCAUGUAAAUGGUCCAUUUGGUAAAGCUCAUUUAAAAUCUGAAAUACCAAGUCCAUUCAAUUGUAAUCGAAGUGUUGGUAUUGUUUCUUAUUUGAUACGUUCAAUAUCUACAGAAAUAACUGAUCUAAACGUUUCAUCAACACAUUAUUCUAAUAGUGAUGAAAUUUAUGUAUUCUGGAUACCAUCGUUAAAUCCAUGCGCAGAUGAUUUUAUUGGAGUUUAUUUUGUAGAAGUUCCAGUUGAAACAGGUGCUUGUGAUUAUGUUGAUUAUGAAUUUGUAAAAUCUGGUCAAGAUAAUUCAACAUGGUUAAUGAUCAAUUUACGUCGGCAAUUAGAAUUUCGUUAUUAUUCACGUGAGAGAAAUUGUUCUGGCAAUUAUACAUUUAUAGCAAAAUCUCCUAUUGUUGAACCAGUUAAUUACAAUGAACCAACACAAAUUCAUUUAGCUUUUGGUGAUCGAAAUGAUCAAAUGUAUGUUUCAUAUGUAACUAAUUCAAAUCAAACAAUUCCUCAAUGUCAAUAUGGUCCACAAGCAUUUAUUAAUCCAGGAUAUAUGCAUACAAUUCUUCUGAACGAUUUGCAUCCAUCGACUAUUUAUUUUUAUCGAGUAGGCGACAAUGAACAUGGCUGGUCGUCUAUACAUAAAUUUAUAAAUCGUCCAUCAAGUAUUGACGAUGAGAUAAAUCUUAUUGCUUAUGCUGAUAUGGGUGUAUCACCUAUUCAAUCAGGUGCAAAAGCGACUAUUGAUCGAGUAUUAGCAAGAGUUCCAUCAAACAAUGUAACGGUUAUAUUACACAUCGGUGAUAUUAGUUAUGCAAGCGGUAUCGGUGCAUUAUGGGAUGCAUUAUGA